AUGUGUGCUUCAUCAAAGGGUGCGUUUUUUACGUCAAGUCUUGUUCUUUCUUUAUUGACUGGUGCCCUCAAGAUCUUGUUUUCUUUAAUAUGUUAUGUUAUAUGUUGUCAUGAAGAAUGCCAUAUAGUUAGCUACUUCUGGAAGCGUUAUAGAUCCCGGAGAACUUGCGGAUUCAAAGGUUUGUUUUGUCAAUCUAUUAGGUGUAUAUGUUUAUCUCGGAGAUUUGAGCUUGUGUUCGUACUUUGUCUUCGUGUCUUGUAUUUCUAUAGGUUAAAUUUAUGUCUUGUUGGAACAAUGACAAAGCUGAUAGAAUAUUCUUAUUUGGAUGUCUUGCUGUACUUUUUGGAUAACAGUCUGAAAAAUUCUGGUUUUCGAUUUGUGUUUCAGGACACUGAGAAAGAGAAGCAGAGGAGCGAGAAGCUUUUUUACUAG